UGAACGUACCAGGGACUUAUAUGUUGUUUAAAAUUACAGUAUUUUAGUGGAGCAAACAGUAACACACGUCGUGCGUUGUUUUUUGUUGGAAUUUGACAUGCAACGGGGCAGCGUAAUGUGAAUGUUUGUAAAACGAGUAUGAAAGCCGCUCCGGUAAGUUGUGUAACCUUCAAAUCGUCCUCGGAUGUGGCAGACUUUUACAAUGGGGCAAAGAAUUUCCUUGCCAUUUCUAUCUAUCGACAUCUAGGUUACCUAACACAUAUCAGUUUUCAUUUCACGUGCUAUUUUUAAAACGAAACGUCGCGUUCGUUAAUUUCUUGUUACGCGAUAGUUGCAUUACAUUUUUUUUCGUUAUUAUUCACGCGCUUUGGGAUCUAGUUUGAAAUGACUGGGAUUUUGCGAUGGAUUCACAGUGGAUUUCUAAAAGUUCUGCUGUUCCCCAGCACGUUUGGACGUAAAUCAUCUCGUCCCGCUGCCUCUGAAGUGUUAACAUGCCAUCUGACACAGCGCGCGCUCCCUCCCUGGACUUCAUUCUGCGUGCGCUAUCGUGACGUCAUCAACGACCAGUUCGGUCUGUCUCAUUUCAACUGGCAGGUGCAGGGAGCGAACUACCACAUCCUCAGGACGGGGGCUUUCCCUUUUAUUAAAUACCACUGCACCAAAGCACCUCUGCACAACCUGCAGUUUGAGAAUAGUUUUUUUGGGGCGCUUAAAGUCAUCAAUUUAGGUAUUCCAUGUUUGGCUUAUGGCUUGGGCUCUUGGAUGGUGGCUAGAGUGACGGAGACAGUACAAACAUCCGCAGGCCCUGUCACAGUUUACUUUGCAUAUAAGGAGGUGGAAGGUGCUCAGUUCUAAUAUUAGAGACAAUCUGACUUGCCUAAUAUUCUGUCUGAACUUUUGUCUGAAUUCUGUUGACUUUGUUUGCACUGGCAAGUAUUUAUGAUGUUAAAAUAUUGAAUUUCUGGAACAAAUGGAAAAGUAUUAAGAUAGAAUGGAUAGUGCACUUUUUCAUGCAUAAUAAAGUUAUUUAUUUUA